CCGCUCUUCACCACCCUUGAUCGACCUGCAGCAAGACCCGCAAGUUCUGAUCAGCAAUGCCUCCUCGUAGGAGAGCGCCGAUUUCUGCGGCCAACUUGCGGUCCACGCAAUCUGGAGAGGCCGCUGCCUCUUCCAGGCCAGGAACCACCGAUGCUUCCAAACGCAGACGCGCCUCUCAGUCCAAACCUGCUCCGCCCCCAGAAGAGCCAACUCCCGUCGUCGAGGAACAGCCGCAAGCUUCCGAUGAGGAGCAUUCUCACACGUCGUACCGCCACCGAGAUCCCUUCGAUGCUCUUCUCGAGCCGUUCUACUACAACAAGGGCCUAACGGAUCCGAUCAACACCGCCAAGGAUAAAUGGAACCUGCUGCCGGCAUUCCUCAAGGUCAAAGGUCUGGUGAAGCAGCACAUCGACUCAUACAACUACCUGGUCGAGGUCCAAUUGAAGAAGAUCGUCGAAUCCAGCUCCACAAUCCGCAGCGAUGUCGACCACAACUUCUACAUAAAGUUCACCAACAUCUACCUGGGAUUCCCUCGACGUGCAGACGAGCCGCAAGAUGUCCGGGCCGAUUUCUCAGAGUCCACUGUGGCCCCGCACGAAUGUCGCCUUCGUGACACAACCUACGCGGCGCCCAUUCAAGUCGACUUUGAGUAUGUUCGUGGACGCCAAAGGGUUAUGAGGAAAGGUGUGGCCAUUGGAAGAAUGCCGGUCAUGCUUCGGAGUUCGAAGUGCGCGUUGGCGAACAAGACCCCAGCGGAGAUGUCCGUCUUGAAUGAGUGCCCUCUUGACCCUGGUGGUUAUUUUAUCGUCAACGGUACAGAGAAGGUCAUCCUUGUUCAGGAGCAGUUGAGCAAGAACAGAAUCAUCGUCGAGACGGAUCCCAAGAAAGAGAUUGUCCAGGCCUCGGUCACUAGUUCUUCCAACGAACGUAAAUCCAAAAGUUAUAUCGUAUUGAAGAAAGACAAACUCUACGUGAAACACAAUGUUCUCAGCGAGGACAUCCCCAUCGUGAUCCUGCUCAAGGCCAUGGGUAUCCACACCGACAAAGAGAUGCUCUUGCUCGUCGCCGGUGUUGACAAGGUCUACCAGGAAGAUUUUGCGAUCAAUUUCGAAGAGGCGAUCAAGCUUGGUAUCUAUACCCAGCAACAGGCACUCGACUGGAUUGGCGCACGGAUCAAAAUCAAUCGCAAGCAAUCCACAUAUCGCCGAACUCAUGUGCAAGAGGCUGUGGAAGCCAUCGCUUCCGUUAUCAUCUCUCAUAUCGAAGUCAAGAACAUGGAUUUCCGACCUAAGGCUAUCUAUGUCGCACACAUGGCUCGUCGUGUUCUCAUGGCCAAGAAUGAUGCUACUCUAGUAGACGAUCGCGACUAUCUCGGAAACAAGCGGUUGGAACUGGCUGGCCAGCUGUUGGCUCUGCUUUUCGAGGACUUGUUCAAGAAGUUCUGCUUUGAUAUCAAAAUGAACAUCGACAAAGUACUGAACAAGCGGAAUCGUGCUGAGGCCUUUGAUGCCUAUAGCGUGAUUACGAUGCACAGCAACCACAUUACUCAAGGAAUGAACCGCGCUAUUUCCACCGGAAACUGGAGUUUGAAACGUUUCCGCAUGGAACGUGCAGGUGUGACACAUGUGCUAAGUCGGUUGAGUUACCUUGCCGCUCUGGGUAUGAUGACGCGUAUCAGCAGUCAGUUCGAAAAGACCAGAAAGGUCAGUGGUCCCAGAGCACUGCAACCAUCCAACUUCGGUAUGCUCUGUCCAGCCGAUACUCCGGAAGGUGAAGCUUGUGGUCUCGUGAAGAAUCUGGCACUCAUGACCCACAUUACAACGAAUGACGAGGAGGGCCCUAUCCGGAACUUGAUCUUCAUGCUCGGUGCUGAAGACAUUUCCACAGUCGGUGGAAAGGAACUUUAUGGCCCGGGGUGCUACACUAUCUCGAUCAAUGGUACUCCUAUGGCGCUCACUCGACGACCGAAAUUCUUCCUCAAUGCUUUCCGAAGACUCCGUCGGAUGGGUCGAAUUUCCGAGUUCGUAAGCAUUUACAUCAACCACCACCAGCGGGCUGUCCACGUAGCCACCGAUGACGGAAGAAUCUGCAGACCGCUUGUUAUUGUUGAUAACGGCAAAUCUCGCGUGAAGGCCCAUCAUCUUGAGAAGCUGCGGGAUGGUACCAUGGCUUUCGAUGACUUCCUUGCUCAGGGAUUGGUGGAAUAUCUUGAUGUGAACGAGGAGAACGAUUCAUUAAUUGCUAUCUACGAGAAAGAUAUUACUGAAACAACGACUCACCUGGAGAUUGAGCCGUUUACUGUUCUUGGAGCUGUCGCCGGUCUGAUCCCGUAUCCCCACCACAACCAGUCGCCCCGUAACACUUAUCAAUGUGCUAUGGGUAAACAAGCAAUCGGUGCGAUUGCUUCGAAUCAAUUCUUGCGGAUUGAUUCUAUCUUAUAUCUCAUGGUCUACCCGCAGAAGCCGAUGGUUAAGUCCCGCACGAUCGAGCUGGUCAAGUACGACCAACUACCCGCUGGACAGAAUGCAACUGUUGCGGUCAUGAGUUACUCAGGAUACGAUAUUGAGGAUGCCCUCGUGUUGAACAAGGGAUCUGUGGAUCGUGGAUUCGGAAGAUGUCAGGUGUUCAAAAAAUACGUCACCAACUUGAAGAGUUACUCGAACGGCACCAAGGACCGCUUGAGUGGACCGCAGUAUGAGAACGAUGCGCCGAUCAGGAAACAUGCUCUGCUCGAAAGUGAUGGUCUGGCUGCUGUGGGUGAGCAGGUCAACGCCGGUGAAGUCUACAUCAACAAGUCCACGCCCGACCAGUCGAUGUCCUCUGGGUUCGCCAGCUCUGACCCUGGCCGGCCCGUUUCUUAUAUGCCAACUCCCAUGACCUACAAGCUUCCCGAUCCUGCUUACAUUGACAAGGUCAUGAUUUCUGUGACCGAAAACGAGAACCAGCUGGUCAAGGUCUUAACUCGACAAACACGUCGUCCCGAAGUCGGUGACAAGUUCUCCUCCCGUCACGGACAGAAGGGUGUCGUGGGUAUUAUCGCCGACCAAGCCGACAUGCCCUUUACCGACCAAGGAAUCAACCCGGACAUCAUCAUGAACCCUCACGGUUUCCCCUCUCGUAUGACAGUCGGAAAGAUGUUGGAGCUUGUUGCAGGCAAAGCCGGUGUCUUGGCCGGCCACCAUGGCUACGGCACUUGCUUCGGCGGCACUCCGGUUCAAGAGGCGUCUCAGAUCCUGAUCGACCACGGCUUCAGCUAUGGUGGUAAAGACUAUCUUACCUCCGGUAUCACGGGCGAGGCUCUGCCAUUCUAUGUCUUCACCGGUCCCAUUUACUACCAGAAACUCAAGCACAUGGUGCAGGACAAGAUGCACUCGCGUGCUCGCGGACCGCGCGCCAUUCUCACCCGCCAGCCCACGGAGGGUCGUUCCCGUGACGGUGGGCUCCGUCUCGGUGAGAUGGAGCGUGAUUGUCUGAUUGCGUACGGUACCAGUCAGCUGCUGCUGGAGCGACUGAUGAUCUCGUCCGAUCGACACGAGAUCGAUGUGUGCGAGCAGUGUGGUUUUAUGGGUUAUCUGAACUGGUGUCAACGGUGCAAGUCCUCUCGAAGUGUGGUGAAGAUGGCAAUUCCGUACGCCGCCAAGCUUCUCAUCCAGGAGCUGAUGAGUAUGAAUGUCACCGCGCGAUUGAAGUUGGAAGAUGAGUUUCCCGAGAUGAAGGGUCGGUAGACCAAGACGGUUCAAUACAUCAACAUCACAAGCACUUCUGUCAGUCUUCCAUUUUUGGCGAGAUAUAAAAAGUAAAACAAACGGAAGGGGAAAAGUUCAGGUCAUUUGAGAGACAAAAAAGGAGGCGUUUAGAGCAUCAUUGGGAGGCUCCUGCUUGGGAAAGGGGGUUUUCGCUUGUACAUAACGUUUGCAUGCAUAGCGCUCGGCGAUGCGGUCG